UCUAUUUAUUGUACCAAAACAUUUGAUGCGAGCGGAAGGUUCCAUACUUCCAGUAAUACCACCGGCCAACUACAGCGUAAUUUCCUGUUGAUCUUUGUAUCUAGUCAGCAAAAGGGCGACUUUUAAUCAUAUUCUUUUAAAAGAAUUCUUUAAACGGAAAAUCCGCCAUGGCUCAUCAGCAGCAGCGGAGAGGAGAAGAUGAGCAAGAUGAUCGCAUGAUUCGGUUCAGAAGGGCCUUCGAAGAACGGUCCGGACAGGACAUGGAAGUUGAUGCCUGGGAACUUCUGGACAUUCUGAAUACUUCAUCCCUUCAACGAGAUCUACACCAUGAUUAUUUUAGCCUGGAGGCCUGCAAAAGUAUGGUGGCUCUCAGCGAUGAGGAUCGUACUGGCAAGCUUGGCUUUGAAGAGUUUAUGGAGCUGUGGGCAAACAUUUGUGCAUGGAAGGGAUUUUUCAAACGGGCAGACACUGAUAGUUCUGGAAUGAUUAGCAUUGAUGAGAUGACGGUGGCUUUAACCUCACUUGGCUUUAAGCUGAAGAAUGACACCUUUCGAGCCCUUGGUAUGCGGUAUGGAAAUAAGGAGAAUAACCUGUCACUUGCCAGCUUCAUCCAUGUUGCCAUCAGGGUCAGAUUUAUGUACAACAUAUUCGCAUCAAAGAGUCGGAGCGGCAACACCAGAUUUAAUCUGGAAGAACUCCUGAUGGUGCACUUCUACUCUUGAUUUUCUGGUGCCGUGGUGGUUUGUCUGAUGCAGUCGGUCAACUUCAAACAAUUCAGUGAUUUCAACCCAAAAUCUUUUAAAAAUAAUUAUGUCAUAAUGCAUUUUUAGACCUGUAUGAGUUCUGGCAAAUAUCACAUGUAUAAAAGGCAUAAUGACUACUCAGUACAGUAGCUGAGCAAAAUGAAGUUAGGCCACUUGAAUAGAGUUUUUGGACCCAGAGAUCUACUGGAGUGGCCAAUUGGACAAGUUUCAGUAGUCUGUAUCUUUUUUUUAUACGAGCAUUUUUUAGUAGUUGGAAAGAAAAAUUGUUGGAGCUCUCACACUUUGGUCCAGAAUUAUAUACCCUUGCCGUAAGAUCUGUCGCCCCUAUUUUUGUUUACAGUAAAUCCACAAACAAAUUGAUCUCUGGUUCUAAUUUGGGAUUAUAUAUUGUAGUAAACUAUUGAAGAUUGUAAUGUUUAUAAAAAUUGAGAUACAGAAAUAAUACCAAUUUCUUUUUUCCUCCUCUCCCGUUCUCACAAUGUCUCUCCUCUUUUACCCACGCAUCCCCCUCUCUCUCUCUCUCUCUCUCUCUCCCUCUCUCUUUCUCUCUCUCUUUCUCUCUCUCCCUCUCUGUCUCUCUGUCUCUCUCUUCUUCCGUUGUUCCCCUUUUCGCUUAUUUUCUCUCUUUAAAUUCUUCUAUAAUUCAUAUCUGAUGUGUACAUCCAUAAGGACAAUUUGGGCCACGUAUUGGCAUAUGCUUAUAAAGAGAUAGGAGUCACUCGUUUUUCCGAAAGUUCGUUUUUCGAAUAUUCUCCAUUCAAAAGGUUCGUAAUUCCGAACACAAAUUUCCCAUACCAGAAGGUUCAUCAUUCUGAAAAUGAAAUAUGGUUCGUCAUUUCGAAGUUUGGUAAUCGCGAAAAGAGAGAGGGUUCUAUGUCAUUUCAAAUUGUGAACCUUCGUAAUUCUGAACCUUGAUUUAUUUUCGGAAAUACGGUUCUUAGGAAUCAUGAACUUUCGGAAUAACGAACCUUUGUAAAAAGAACAUGUUUCCGAAAGAAAUGUCUUUACAUAUUGUAUAAUUCAAGCUAAUGAUUUUAUAACAAGUAAUAUUUAAGUUAUUUGUACUAAUAUACACGAUAUAUUGUACAUGUAUUGUAUCGUGUGUGAAUAUAAGUAUGUCAUUUUAUAUUAAAGUUAAUGUUUAAUACUGUUCAUGCAGUUUUACUGUGAACGAAAAAA